AGCAACUUCCUGCUGGGCAACGCGCAGGGCCACCGCGGCUACUCCAUCGUCUACUGCUCGGACGGCUUCUGCGAGCUGACGGGCUUCGCGCGCACCGAAGUGAUGCAGAAGAAGUGCAGCUGCCGCUUCCUGUAUGGCAACGACACCAGCGAGCACGUGGCACAGCAGAUGGAGAAGGCCCUGGAGGGACGAGAGGAGUACCAGACCGAGGUCCACUUCUACAAGAAGAACGGUGAGAGUGAGACCAUAGAAAUAUAAUUAUAUUCUAUUUAAUGGGGAUGUCUGUUAAAGAGAUUCUAUUGCGAUGAUUGAGACGGCCCGCGAGCAUAGACGCAGACCUGGGUUCAACUACUAUUUGAAAUCUUUCAAAUACUUUGAGCGUUUGCUUGGAGCUAUAUGGGUGGGGUUUGCCGUUUGGGACUACUCUAUUAGUCCAUUAAACCAGGCACACUCAGUCAAGCACUGAGAAAGUAUUUGAAAUCAGCACCAUACUACAUACAACAAAUGGGCAGUUUGUUGAUAGUCUGGGUGUCUACAGACGAGACCCUGCAUUGCUACUUUGGCUAAACUCAGCCUUAACAUUAGACAUCUAUUGCAUGGUUUCAACUCUCCCUGUCCAAGGAGACCAAGAGAGUUUAGCUAGCCAACACGAGCAAUCGGUUGCAAAAGCUUUUUCUUAAGGACAAUGCUCUGAACCUUUAUCUGCUUUAUCACUGUUACUGCCAGCAGUACCCUUUUUUAUCUUACCAAUGUCAUUUUUUGCAGUAUCAUUUUUCAUUUUUCAUUCAUUUAUUUAUUUGUUCAUUACAUGUAAUGAUGUAAGGAAGCUCAUGGAUCAUGUCCUAAAUAGAUUUGUUUACUUAUUUUUUUCUAAAUAAAUGUUUAUUGGUUUGUUUGUUUCAGGGACCUCUUUCUGGUGCCUACUGGACGUUGUGCCCAUAAAGAAUGAGAAGGGGGAGAUGGUCCUAUUCCUCUUCUCAUUCAAGGACAUCACUGACAUACACGGCAAAGUGCAUCACAAGAAAGAAGGUAGGCCAAACCUCAAAUCGCUCUCGCCAAAAACGAUUUUCCUUUGGUUUGGAUGUGAUUUAUGAUUUACCAUCGUUUUUCCCUCCGCUUUCAUCUCCACAAUGUUCCCCUGUUUGUCAUUGACACAUUUGAUCAGAUAGUUAGGUUUAUGAUGCCGUUGGGCAGACAUUUUGUUAUCUUCAAAGAUAUUGUUUAAAUAGAUAAAUCAUAUAGACACCGAGCUGUAGACUUGUAUUGUUUUGUGACAUGACACAAGCAUGUUAAAAAACAGAUAGAAGUCAUCAUGGAGAUGACUGUGUGAUUGACAGUUUCAGAGGACAAGAGGCGGAGCAGGAAGAGUGGCAGCUCUCACUUCAGCGAGGCCAGGAAGCGGGGGCGGACCAUGAUCUACCAUCUGACCAGCCAGUUCUCCAGAGGCGGAAAGAGAGAGGUCAACCUGGGCAGUGUGAGUACUGGGACCGCCUCUAUCCAUUCUUCUAUU